GGGGGGGGUGUUGUAGCCUGCAGGGCUCAGGAGGGGGCACAAGCAUGGAGCGGCUUCGGGGUCUACUCCAGAGAGCGCAACAGUUGUCCCCACAAGGCUCUCAGAACAUCUACAAACGUGUGGAAGGUCCCCAUCAGGGGCGACUGGAGGAGGAAGAGGAAGACAGGGAGGAGGGGGCCGAGCUGCCUGUCCACUUCUGCCCCAUGGAGCUGAAGGGCCCUGAUUCCCCAGGCUCUAGAGCUGGGCUGCCAAACCUCAUACCGUGGGCAGCAGCAGGACGAAGGGCUGCCCCCUACCUGGUCUUGACUGCCCUCCUGAUCUUCACUGGGGCCUUCCUUCUGGGCUACGUGGCCUUCCGAAGGUCCUGUCAAGCAUGUGGGGACUCCUUGUUGGUGGUCAGUGAGGACGUCAACUAUGAGCUGGGCCUGGACUCCCGUCAGGGCACUUUGUACUGGAGCGACCUCCAGGCCAUGUUCCUGCGGCUCUUGGGGGAGGGGCGCCUGGAAGACACCAUCAGGGAAACCAGCCUUCGCCAACGGGUGGCCGGCUCCCCCGGGAUGGCUGCCCUGGCUCAGGACGUCGUUGCAGCGCUCUCCCACCAGAAGCUGGACCACGUGUGGACAGACACCCACUACGUGGGGCUGCAGUUCCCCGACCUGGCUCAUCCCAACACUCUGCGCUGGCUCGACGAGACCGGGAGGGCCGGGGAGCAGCUGCCGCUGGAGGACCCCGACGCCUACUGUCCCUACAGCGCCACCGGCAACGCCACGGGAAAGCUGGUGUACGCCCACUACGGGCGACCGGAAGACCUGCAGGGCCUGCGGGCCAGGGGCGUGGAGCUAACCGACAGCCUCCUGCUGGUGCGUGUCGGGGUGACCAGCUUUGCCCAGAAGGUGGCCAGUGCCCAGGACUUUGGGGCCAAAGGAGUGCUCAUAUACCCUGACCCAGCAGAUUUCUCCCAGGACCCACACAAGCCAAGCCUGUCCAGCCACCGGGCUGUAUAUGGACAUGUGCAUCUGGGAACUGGUGACCCUUAUACGCCUGGCUUCCCUUCCUUCAACCAAACCCAGUUCCCUCCAGUGGCAUCCUCUGGCCUCCCCAGCAUCCCUGCCCAGCCCAUCAGUGCAGACAUUGCCUUCCGCCUGCUAAGGAAGCUUAAAGGCCCUGUGGCCCCUCAGGAAUGGCAAGGGCGCCUCCCAGGCUCCCCUUAUCGCCUGGGCCCCGGGCCAGGCCUGCACCUAGAGGUCAACAACCAUAGAACCUCCACUCCCAUCAGCAACAUCUUUGGCUGCAUUGAGGGCCUGGCAGAGCCAGAUCACUAUGUUGUCAUCGGGGCCCAGAGAGAUGCAUGGGGCCCAGGAGCAGCCAAGUCGGCUGUGGGGACAGGCAUACUACUAGAGCUGGUGCGGACCUUUUCCUCCAUGGUGAGCAAUGGCUUCCGACCCCGCAGAAGUCUUCUCUUCAUCAGCUGGGAUGGAGGCGACUUUGGGAGUGUGGGCUCCACAGAGUGGCUGGAGGGCUACCUCAGUGUGCUGCACCUCAAAGCUGUAGCCUACGUGAGCCUGGAUAACGCAGUGCUGGGGGACGACAAGUUCCAUGCCAAGACCAGCCCACUGCUGAUCAGCCUCAUUGAGAACAUCCUGAAGCAGGUGGACUCUCCUAACCACAGUGGGCAGACUCUCUAUGAGCAGGUGGUAUUCACCAAUCCCAGCUGGGAUGCCGAGGUGAUCCGGCCGCUGCCCAUGGACAGCAGCGCCUAUUCCUUCACGGCCUUUGCCGGGGUCCCUGCGGUGGAGUUCUCCUUCUUGGAGGAUGAUCCGGCGUACCCAUUCCUGCACACGAAGGAAGACACAUACGAAAACCUGCACAAGAUGCUGCAAGGCCGACUGCCCGCCGUGGCCCAGGCUGUGGCCCAGCUCGCUGGGCAGCUCCUCAUCCGCCUGAGCCACGACCACCUGCUGCCCUUCGACUUCGGCCGCUAUGGGGACGUGGUCCUCCGGCACAUCGGCAGCCUCAACGAAUUCUCUGGGGACCUCAAGGCCCGCGGGCUGACCCUGCAGUGGGUGUACUCGGCGCGGGGAGACUACAUCCGGGCGGCCGAGAAGCUGCGGAAGGAGAUCUACAGCUCAGAGGAGAGGGACGAGAGGCUGAUGCGCAUGUACAACGUGCGCAUCAUGCGGGUGGAGUAUUACUUGCUGUCCCAGUACGUGUCGCCGGCCGACUUCCCGUUCCGACACAUCUUUCUGGGCCAUGGAGACCACACGCUGGGCGCCCUGCUCGACCACCUGCAGCUGCUGCGCUCCAACAGUUCCGGGGCCUCCCCCAAGUUGUCCCAGGCUCUGGGCUUCCAGGAGAGCCGCUUCCGGCGCCAGCUGGCCCUGCUUACCUGGACGUUACAGGGGGCAGCCAACGCGCUUGGAGGAGACGUCUGGAACAUUGAUAACAACUUCUGAGGCCUGCCUGGAACCCCACAGGCUCCUGACCCCUGCUGAGGAAUCUUGAUCUCCCUGCUUGAGUGGUGCAGGGCGAAGGAGGUGACCCAUGUACCUCUCACUGCGACCGAUUUCUCAUUAACCCAUCCGAUUUCUCCACCGGCUCUGCGCAGACACCCACACACCCCUGGUCCUACAGUGCAGAUGAAUAGCUCAUCCGUCGUGCGACGGUGAGCAGCAUCCUUUGGGGCCAUCACAGCCUCCUUUCCAUUUCAGGAGCAGGGUCCCCAGUACCCAGAACCCACUCUGAGAGCUUUGCUGGGCUCUGGGACCUGGCCAGUUCCCUUAAUGGGAGAGACAGCUUUAGGGCCAACAGGUGGUUUGUGGCGGGAGGGGCACCGGUUCGGAUGGCAAUAAACCACCUGGUUAUAUGUUA